CGCCGCCCUGCACCGCUGCUUCGAGUGGGCAGGCGAGGCCUACGCACAGGCCGGCUUGGUCAGGCAUCAAGCGAAGCAGCGUCGUGCCCAGUCGGAGGGCACGGCGCUCGGGGCCGAGAUCCUGGGGGAGGAGGGCCAAGCGGGUGCCGAACGACCGCGCCGGCUACGGCUGGCCGACCUCAGCCUCCUCGUGGCCACAGGGCGACGUCGCACCGGAGCCUUGCUGCGGGCCGUCGUCAGCUCCUGGAUAUUCGUGCUCCUCUUCCGGCGACCUCUGUUGUGCCUCCUGUGGCACGCGUUCAGGUCUCUGCCCGACCCCGCAGACGAUGCCCGGGUCUUUGAGUUGCCCGCAGCGGUCCGCCUGGAGCUCGCCAUGCUGGCCGCGCUGGCACCUGCGCGCGCCUGGCCCGCGCACUUGCUGGGCCAGCACGGGGAGUGGUUGUUGGCCAGAGGGUCUGAGCGCGACCGCAGCGACUUCGAAGAGGCGCCGCGCGCCGAGGGGCAGCAGCUGCGAGCGAGCGACCCCGAGCGGGCAUUGGUGGAGCGAUUCGACGUCAUGGAAAUCUUCACCGGUCCGCGCAGCCCCUUCCUGGUGGCAUGUUCUCGGCGUGGGCUCCGGGUAGGACCGCUCAUAGAUUUGAGCCGCAGCCCGGCUUGGGACCUCCGCUCAGGGCGGCUGCUGGAGUGGAUCAUCUAUCUCGUCGUUAACCUGCGCGUCUUGUACAUCCAUAUGUGCCCGCCUGGCAGUAGCUUUAGCAGGGCGCACAGACCGCCGUUACGCUCGCGGACGCGCCCGCUGGGCUUCGACGCCCGCGAGCCGCGCACCCGCCCCGGCAACGAGCUCCUCCUGGCGACCCUCAUCGUGCUCACCGUCGUGCGCCGCAGCCCCGGAGUGGCCGGCAGCUGGGCAUACCCUCGGCAGUCGUUGUCGUGGAUGGUGCCGCAGGUCGUCAAGUUCAUGAGCCACGCAGCUUGCAGCUCUCUGCGGCUUUCGCUGUGCUCGUUUGGGUCCGCCCUUCGCCGGGGCGUGCAGUUCGGCACGGUGCUCGCGCAAUUCUUGGCGCCGCUAGCGCGGCCGUGCGCUGGCUUCCAUCGCCACGAUCGGGGGUCGCUUCCAGCCCGGGCCAGUUCAGCUCGUGACGUCGCGGACGCCACUGGCACGGACGUCAGGACUGUUACGGCGCGAUGCGCACGCGGCUCCGGAUACCCGGAUGCGCUCUGCGACGAGUGGGCCCGUUUGAUACUCGGGCACGUGAGCGAGGCGCGACGCGCCGCCUGCUGCAGCGAGGCCGACGCGUGCGCGGAGCCGGAGAACUCUCUCUUAGUCAACGAGGUGGCGGUGGGGGCUGCGUGGAAGGAAAGCUACUGCUUGCAUACCAACGACCGCGACCACAUCAACAUCCGCGAGAUCCGGGCGUACAUCCAUGGGAUGCGCAGGCAGGCUGCUGCGCGCCCCUGCUCUCGCCAGGUCUACUUGAUGGAUUCCCUGGUCAGCCUGGGCGCCAUGGCCAAGGGUAGAUCGCCGUCGAGGCCUCUGAACGAGGAGCUGCGCGCGGCCGUGCCGGACGUCGUUGGCUACGACCACUACCCGGGGGGCCUCUUCUGCCCGACGCGCCUCAACGCUGCAGAUGAUCCCACGCGUGCCCGGGCAGUUCGCCGCCCUGGUCUCUGCCCUGGUUGGUUGGCCCUCCGUCGCGAAGAAGAUUUCCAGGCUUUCGACUUCUGGGCGUCGCUUCCGCUCCAAAGUAGGCGCGUCUCGGAUUGGGCUCGGCUCUUUGUCCUCUUGACUCUUCGCCAGCCUCGGCUUACCUGGCCGUGGCACCUGCGCGACUUCGACAGCACCUUGGGCUUCCCUGGGGAGUGCCCGAGGCCGCAGGCAUUGCCAGCCUGGGCGCGCCACCAGAUUGACCUGGCGCGCACUCGGGCUCUAGCUCCUCGCACGGUGGCUCGCCGUGCCACGCUGGCUAGGCGAUUUGAUUCGUGGCUGGCGCGGCAGCGCGCGACCACCACCGAGAACCUCGCGUUGCUCGGCGGCCGCGAGAUGAGCCGGGCGCUGGCGGCUUACGGGCAGUUCCUGUACGACUCUGGCGAGCCUUUGGGUAUUUACGUGGAUACCAUCACCGCCGUGGUCGACGCGGACCGCUCGUUGCGACGCCAGCUUCAGGCUGCUUGGGACGUUGCUGACGCCUGGCGCGCACUUGUGCUGGCGCGCAACCACGUGCCCACGCCUCCAGUCUUGUCGUUGGCUAUGGUGUCUUUGGCAUUGAUGUGGGGGUGGAUCGACGUCGGUGCCCUCAUAUACUUGUGUUUCGUCGCCAUGCUGCGCCCGGGCGAGCUCCUCGCCCUUACGCCGGAAGACAUCAUUCUGCCCAGCGCCUUGCUCGCCAACACGCCCCGCGCGUACGUGCGCAUCAUGCUCCCGAAGACUCGCCGCGUGGCCGCCCGAUUGCAGCACGUCCGAAUCGACGACCCCGCACUCAUCGGCCUGCUGGAAGCAUGGCUUCCCCGCGCCAGCCCAGGACAGCGGCUCUGGGCAGGAUCUGCCUCACAAUUCCGGUCGGCUCACAACGCCUUGGUCGAGUUUUUCGGCGUGCCGUCCUCCGACGGCGUCGGCAUCACUCCAGCUAGCCACCGGGGUGGGGGGGCAACUAGGUUCUACGAGUGCACGGACGAUCUGCCCCGCACGCAGUGGCGCGGCCGCUGGCAGGCCGCCCGGACGCUUGAAAUCUACGUUCAGGAG